UAAACAGUCUUGUCUCUGUGUAUGUUAGUGUUAGACGUUAAUGAUGAGAGAUGAGAUGGAUGCGAUGUGCUGUAAAUCAGUAGGAACUGAUCUGUCCAUGCUGGAUAAUGAUGAUUUCAUGACAGAAAUCUCUCACUUGAAGAAAGAGGUGGCGUUACUGGAGGCAAAGCUGAGGUCAAGAGGAGAUGAAGGAGUGAAGAGAGAGGAUGUGGAUGUGGUUUGUUGUGAAUCUUCAGUGUAUGUGACUGAUGGAUGUCUGGAUUCAGUGUGGAUGAGCAGAGAUCAGAGCCGCACACCACAGCCACUGCUGGACUCUAAACUCUCUGAAGAGAAAUCCAGACACACACAGGACUCAGAGCUCAGUCUCACUUUACUCUGUUAUACUGAGUCAAAGCCCACAGACGCUCAGGACACUGUGUGUGACAGUAAUCAGGGCUUACAGGAUGAGGAAUCUACUGAUCAAACCUCCACAGAGUCUCUGGAUUCUGUCUGUAACGCUGGAGAACAGCAGCAGAUCCUGCAGACCACACUGAAGAUGUGUUCAGUCAAACUGAUCGACUGCAGGAACCUGAUGAUGAAGAUAAAAACAGAACCCAUGGAAGAGGAAGAUCGCACUGAUGAAGAUAAGGAUUAUGACAGCGAUGAGGAUUUUAUUCCUUCAGAAGAGAAGACUGAUUCCUGUUCUGAGAGUGAAAUAACGUCCUCAACAUCAAAAGAGCGACGGACAGCCCAAACUCUUUCCUGCAUCAUCUGUGGAAAGACAUUCAGCUCACAGAGACAUUUAAAGAGACAUAAGAGAAAACACACAGAACAGAAACUCUUCACCUGCACCAGAUGUAAGAUCAGCUUUACUACCUUACAAGAGAAAAAACUUCAUCAUUCAAAAGAGCACAGAGAGAAGAAGAAGAAGCAGCAGUUUCACUGUGAGCAGUGUGGGAUGAAUUUUGACGUCUUAUCUCAGCUGAAAGCUCACAUUAGGACACACCAUGGUAAAAAGCCUUUCCAUUGCACUGAAUGCGACAAAAGUUUCAGCACCAAACAUUGGCUUGGUGUUCAUCAGAGAAUUCACACAGGAGAAAAACCAUACGAGUGUCCUCACUGUAAGAUGAGAUUCAACCACAAACCUUAUCUAAAGAGGCAUGUGUUCCAAUGA